AUGUCAUCCUUCGGCCGAUCUUUCACCUCUGCCUCACCCGUGAUGGCUCUCCAACCGCAGCCUGCCCACCAAGCGAGCUUUGGCAUGGAGUCAUACGCACCCCAAACCGCGCCUUUUGGCCAACCCUCAUCCUACCAACGCUGCGCCGUGCCGCCGGCAAUGGCCGCUGGAAACCUCCGGGUUGCUGGGCGCAAACGUUCGCGCGACGAGGCUGCCCCCAACCUCGUAACCGACGAGCCUGAUCCCCGCUCCGAACCCAAAGAAACAGAGGAAGAGUGGGAGUACGGUCCCGGGAUGGUCCUGAUCAAGAAAGGCGGCUACGUUGCGGACGCCAGCAGCCAGUCGGGCACCUGGGUUGAGGAAAAGGCCGCCCAAGAUAACGCCCGCAAAGUCAAUGAGGCCGUCAUUCGUCUUCACGAGCAGCAACAACGCCCGUCCCUCCGCAGCAACAAGUCCCAACGCCUGACUCAAAACGAUAUUCAUAGUCUACAUGACGUCGCACAGCCAACAAUUGUCUCCGCCUCUGAGACCAUCACUCUUGAGAAUUCGGCGCAGCCUGUUGUCGACCAGUUCACUUUGCACCUUGGUAUUGGCUGGAGACGUAUCAGCGAGGAUCAGCAUAUUCAAGCUGCGGCUCGCGGCUGGGCCCGAUACAUUGAGAACCAUUAUCCAGUGUCAUCGGUUGUUAUUCGACUCGAAAGCAAGGGCCUUCAAUCAUAUCUUGUCGAGGCCGCGGAGGGUUUCUAUCUCUUUUCAGAGGAUCUCCGUCAAGGCCGAUUCGUUAGCAAGGAUGCGGAAGGGGCGUUGAACAAUCUCAAGUGUUCGCCUCCGGUUUUCGUCGGUCAAGAAACUCUUUUUGCAACUCAGUCGCCAGCAGCAAACGAGUCAAAGAAUACGGCGUUCGCGACGGAGGCUGACAGCCACAUGGAAAUGUAA